CGAAAGCCGGCCGAGCCGGAGCGGAGUGUGUGGCGGACUUAAAACACACUCGCGACCCGAGCAGGUCGCACGCAUCGCGACAUUUUCAAAUUUUGUUUAUCGAACGUUACCAUAAUAAAGUAUUUUGAGUUCACCCGUGAGAUCGGUUAUGCGUUGUUUGUUUUAAAAUGGAAGUAAGUGCGAUGCCCCCGAUGCCUUUGGACUUUUCUAUGGUGAGGAGCGGGAGUGAUUCUCCUGCAGGCGGCAUGAGAGAGGAGUCGCCGAGGCCCGUGUCCAACAGCGCGUUCCGAGUUGUCACUCCGAAAGGUGUGUCAGCGAGUGAAGCUCUGAGGAACGGCCUCUGCCAGUCCCUCUGGGGCGCCUCUGCGAGUAGACCGGAGCCGAGGCUCGCUUCUCCACCACCACUGCAGAGCCAUGAUGCAUACCCAGCGAGAGAUAAAAUCAAGUUCGGAAUCAACCGUCUAGUCGGCGAAAGAACUGAAGAGGAAGAAGAAGAAACCACACACAAUGAGACCAGACCCGAACGGGCAUCGCCAGCAUCCAGAUGCGGCAGUCCUUGCUGGGCACCAUCACCGCAGUCACCAAGAUCAGUCCGCUCUAGCUCUCCUGAACUGGAAGUGGAUUCCCCACCCUCAUCUCCAAGAAGACUGCCUGAUUCUUCGCCUCCACCAAAGAGAUCGGAAGCAUUCUCCGUUAGCGCUCUCCUUCGACCUGAUGCGCCAAGAGUGCAGCCACAAAGACCAUUCCUAUACCCACCGCUACCCUUCGCGGAGUUCUUACGAGACGCAGGCAGCCUUGGUCUACCAGGAUGGGGAGGCUACAGCAACCUAUAUCUCCACGCUGUACAAGCCGCAGGACCAGAGUUUCUGAGAUUACGAGCAGCUGUUUUGGGAGCUCCGGGACCUUUAUCCAGACCUCUGCCUAUCGGGGACGUGUAUUCUUGUGUGAAGUGUGAGAAGAUGUUCAGCACUCCCCACGGCUUAGAGGUGCAUGCGAGGAGGUCGCACAAUGGGAAGAGACCAUUCGCUUGCGAACUGUGCAGUAAGACCUUUGGGCAUGAGAUCAGCCUGAGUCAGCACAGGGCUGUCCACAGCGUGGAAAAGGUUUUCGAGUGCAAACAAUGCGGAAAGACGUUCAAGCGAUCAAGCACUCUGUCCACCCACCUCCUGAUCCACUCGGACACUAGGCCAUACCCCUGCCAGUACUGCGGGAAGCGGUUCCACCAGAAAUCUGACAUGAAGAAACACACUUACAUACAUACGGGAGAAAAACCGCACAAAUGCCAAGUCUGCGGUAAAGCGUUCAGUCAGAGUUCGAACCUCAUCACCCACUCGCGGAAGCACACUGGCUUCAAACCCUUCGCUUGUGAGCUCUGUGGGCGCGCGUUCCAGCGGAAGGUGGACCUCCGCCGGCACAAGGAGACUCAGCAUGCCGACUUGAGGACCCCCCAGCAUAUGCAGCCCCCGCAUACCGAUGUCCAUGCUAUGCAUGAUAUGCAUGUUGCGGAUCAUCGGAUAGAUCUGCGCCCUCCGCACCCGGAGCUGCGAGCUCAGGAGUUCAGACCUCACAUGAGCACCGGGGUGCCGUCCCUGCAGCCCCUGCCUUCCUGAACGACAACCGCCUUCGCGCCCGCCGCCUGGCGCUGAGGCUCUGAUGUUCACCUGUUGGUCUGGUUCAUGGUAACUUCUCUUCCAAAAUGAUAGCGCUGUUAAUUUAUUUCUAAUGAAAAUAAUAUGAGAAAAUGUUUAUGGAAAGACAUUUGGAGGAUUUUUUGAGUCGGAAGGUGAUUGAUUGAAGAGGUGAUUCAAAUUAGUGUUCUAAUGAACCGUGCUGAGAUGUUAUGCGCAUUAACGAAAAAGGAGAGUUCUAAGCUAUUAUAAUAUGGAUUUGCAAUGGAAUAUAUUUAGCCAGGCCAGACCAAUAUACAGGUUGUUCAAAAUUUAAACCUAAAAUACGUUACCACCAUUUAGAUAAUUAAAGAGUGUAAAGCUUUGUAUUCGUGAGUUUUUGAUCUCAAUGUAAGAUACAGCAUAUACCAUCAUGUAUUAGCACGUAAUUAUAAAGUAUAAUGGACUGAUGGAAUCAUUCCAAAAACGUAUUCUUAUUUUAUAUUUUUUUGAAAAAUAACACUUGAUUUUUUUUAUGAAUUAUGGACAUGGGUUAUUCAUGAUUAUUAUUUUGGAUGUAUUUAUAAAUUAUGACAUUUUUUUUUCAAAUUAAAAAUACCGCACUUCUGACACAUUUGAGAAUAUUAAUCAGUUAUAGAAAAAAAAAUGCAGGCCUCGUUAUUUUUUAUGGCAGUUUUUAUUAUAUUCCAAAGACAGUAAUCAUUCCAUUUUUAUAUAAAUAUAUCGACACCUAUAAGACAAUUUUGUUACCUCUAUAUUUAAAGAUUAUUUCAAUAGAAAAUGAUAUUAUGUAUCAUACAUUAAUACAUACAUAUCAGUCUUAAGGGGCUUAUUUUGAAUAGAUAUUACAAAAAAAAAGCAUAUAGAAACUUAUUCUGAAAUUCCAAAACACUUAUCUACAAAAUUGGUCCCGAAAAAUAUUCUAAAAAUAUAUUCAUCGCAUGUAGUUAAGGUUAAUUAAGUUUCAGUUAAUGUACAAAACUGUUGUCUGUUUUUUAUCACUAUAUAGAUAAUAUCAGAGUAGAAUAAUUGACUUCUCAUUUCUGAAUUCAGGUAGCUCUUAUAUAAUGUAUAAUAUGUAACCUUUAACAAAAUGCAGUUGUAGAAACCUAAAUAUAUUAGCGAAUAAUUUACUUUUAUUAAAUUGUUCUGGCAACUUUUAAUGAUAAAUACGUUUGUAUUUUGAAACACCCUAUAGUCAAAGCACAUAUAAGAAUAGUAUUUAGCAAGUGAUAAGUGAAAUCCACUAUGCCAAAGUCUUUUAGCUAAAAUAAUGUAAAUACCUGUUUUAAAAACAUUCCAACCAAAUACUUUUUUCCAAAAACUGUUCUAUUUUCAAACCCACCAUACAUAUUCAUUCCAACGAUUAAUAUAAUUAAAAUUGUACACAUUGUUAUAUAAUGUAAAAUAAAAAAUAAAUGUUUUUCAUUAAUUGUUUUAUUGAUAAGUGUAUAUAAAAAUGUAUUUAAUCAAUUCACUUCUCCAAAAAUUUAAUGUAAUUUUAAAUGUUAUCGUACGGCAACACUCUGUAUAUAGUGUAUAGAUAAUGUAAUCGAAUCCAAAGACAAACGUGCAAUCCUUGUGUAGUUAUUACGAAUUAUUAUUAAUUUUAAGAAUAUGUCACUUCAAUAAAACAUUAUGAUGUA